CGGCGCGGUCAGGACCUGAAAACAUGGGGUCGAAGAAGCAUCGUAGGAGCCGAUCGCGGUCUUGCUCUCAAGAAAGAUCCCGCAGACAUGUCCGCUCGCCAGAGGACAGACGAAGUCGGAACCGCUCUCCUGUGAAGGGUUCUCGCAGACGAAGGCGGUCUGACAGCGGCGGCUCCAGGAGCAGCGGAGGUUCCGCAGGCCCGAGCCGACACAGAGGCAGAGAGUCCGGCCACUCCAGCGAGUCUGACCGCGAUCACAGAGACAGAAGAGCACGAUCACACGGAAGAUCAAAAGACAGAGACAGCUCUUCAGGUGAUAAUCACAAUGACCAUAAGAAACAUAAGAUGAAGAUGAAACACAAGGAUGAAAAGGGCAGCAGCAGGAGGAGGAGGAGUAGAAGCUUGUCACGCUCCAGCACGGACUCCAGCGUGGAGCGCGAACGAGAGAGGAGACGACGGCAGAGCAGGAGCCCCAGCCGGGAGAGAGGGAGGAGACAGAGUAAAGAGAGGGAACGAGACCGAUGUAGACGCUCGGAAUCCAGAUCCUCGAGCUCCUCUUGCUCCUCCGUCGACUCUGAUCAGGGGGGAAAGACGGCACAGGGUCCCUCCACUGCCAAAGAAGAGACCAAGAAAAAGAAGGAGAUGAUGAAAGCGCUGGAGACCCCAGAGGAGAAGAGAGCCAGGCGUCUGGCCAAGAAAGAGGCCAAAGAGAGGAAGAAGAGAGAGAAGAUGGGCUGGAGUGAAGAGUACAUGGGCUACACCAACGCCGACAAUCCGUUUGGGGACAACAACCUGCUCGGCACCUUCAAAUGGCAGAAGGCUCUGGAGAUGAAAGGCAUCGGGCACUUGUCAGAAAAAAAUCUGAAGGAGAGAAAUAAACACAUCCAGGAGGAAAACCGCAGGGAACUACAGAAGGUGAAGCAGCUGCGCCUGGAGCGAGAGCGGGAGAAGUCCAUGCGGGAGCAGGAGCUGGAGAUGCUGCAGAGGGAGAAAGAGGCGGAACAUUUCAAAACAUGGGCGGAACAGGAGGACAACUUUCACCUGCACCAGGCCAAACUGAGAUCUAAGAUUCGUAUCCGUGACGGCCGAGCGAAACCCAUCGACCUGUUGGCUAAAUACAUCAGCGCUGAAGAUGAUGAUCUGUCGGUGGAGAUGCAUGAGCCGUACACCUUCCUCAACGGACUCACCGCCACAGACAUGGAGGACCUGCUGGAGGACAUCAAGGUGUACAUGGAGCUGGAACAGGGGAAGAACGUGGAUUUCUGGAGGGACAUGACCACCAUUACUGAAGACGAAAUCAGCAAACUGCGCAAAAUGGAGACGUCAGGGAAAGGGCCAGGUGACCGGCGUGAGGGCAUUAACACAUCUGUCAGCACAGAUGUGCAGAGUGUGUUUAAAGGGAAGACUUACAGUCAGCUUCAGGCUCUUUAUAUGAACAUCGAGAGUAAGAUCCAGGCCGGAGGCUCCAACCUGGACAUCGGCUACUGGGAGAGUCUCCUGCAGCAGGUGCGGGUCUACAUGGCACGGGCCAGGCUGAGAGAGCGCCAUCAGGACGUCCUGCGGCAGAAGCUGUAUAAACUCAAGCAGGAACAGGGUGUGGAGAGUGAACCGCUUUUCCCCAUCAUCAAAGAGGAGCCAGAGAACGAGCGGCCCAUUAGCCCUAGAGAGGCAGAGUCUGCAGACGAAGAAGCGGGCAGCUCUCAGCAAGGUGUCCACUUGGAGAAAGAGCAGGGCAGACAGACCAAGAGGAAGGAUGGAGAAGAGGGUGAGCGGUCAGGAAGAAGCAGUCCUGAGGAGAAGAAGGGAGAUGGAGAGGAGGGAGAGAAAGAUGAAGCCGCGGAGUCCGUGUUAACAGAGGAGGAUUUGAUCCAGCAGAGUCAGGCUGAGUACGACUCGGGCCGCUACAGUCCCACACUCCUCCAGCCCUCCGAGUUACCGCUGGACACACACAUCAUGAAGGUGGAGGAGGACCUGCAGAGACUCCUGCUGGCCCGGAGACAGCUGCAGGUGACAGGUGAUGCAAACGAAAGUGCGGAGGAUGCAUUUGUGCGUCGCGCUAAAGAGGGAAUGAGCGGCGACGAGGCCCAGUUCAGUGUCGAAAUGCCUUUGACUGGAAAAAUGUACCUGUGGGCCGACAAAUACCGCCCGCGCAAGCCCCGCUUCUUCAACCGCGUUCACACCGGCUUCGAGUGGAACAAAUACAACCAGACGCAUUACGACUUCGACAACCCGCCGCCCAAGAUCGUCCAGGGCUACAAGUUCAACAUCUUCUACCCCGAUCUCAUCGACAAACGCUCAACUCCACAGUACUUCCUCGAGCCCAGUCCCGACAACAAAGACUUUGGAAUUCUGCGCUUCCACGCCGGACCGCCGUACGAGGACAUCGCCUUCAAGAUCGUGAACCGUGAAUGGGAGUAUUCCCAUCGCCAUGGCUUCCGCUGCCAGUUCGCCAAUGGAAUCUUUCAGCUGUGGUUCCACUUUAAGCGGUACCGUUACAGGCGGUGAAGAGGACGACCUGCUGGCGUUUGAUUCAUAUAAGCCAAGUGUUGAUUAUAGAGAACACUGAACGUUUAUUUUCAAAUGCUGUAAAUCUAAAAAUACAAGUACAAACUCUGUUUAUUGAUGCCACACACAUCCCCCGUUAGUGGAAAACCAGUUUUUCAAAGGGGUAGGACCUACAUACGUGUACUUGACCUUGACAUUCUCUGUUUUGCAGGCACUUUGCUUAAAUUUUUAUUCCUUUUUAAACCAUGUCAGUUGUUUGUAC